GGAGUUGGUGCAAGACCUGGGCCUUCACUUUCUCAAUGAAAGUGACCUAUGUACGUUACGUACGAGCACUUUCUCUAGCGGGUUUUAUCCCCCGCUCCUUUGUUUCUAACUACCUGUAGUUAAGCAAAAAAAGACCUCAACAGUUGGCUGGUGUUGGGGAGAAAAGUGUAUUGAAUUUUGCUGAAGUGUGACCCAAGCUUAGGCGGCCGGCCUGGAAAAGGUGAUCUCGGCCCAAGAAGUGGCUGUAAAAGGCGCCUGUCCAGCAGGGCCCGAAACGGGAAGCUAAAUGCAAUGGAAGAAGCAGCACGGAAACCUGGAUUAAAAAUCCACCAUCGGGUGACUGCUUAGUGACCAACAGGGAACCCACAUUUCCUCUUUCUGCUCCAGGAGGUUUUUGAUUUGAUUAAGCCCUCUGAGGGAGCACUGCCCCUCUGAAAAUGACAAGGAAGACAUUUUUGAGUUACUGACAUUCUAAAGUAACCUCUAAGAAAAACAUGGAAAAGCAUUAUAAUCAGCCUACAUCCCUGAAUUCCAGAAGUAACUUUUGUGUGCAUAAAACAAAAGUUCGGUGAUACCUGAACUCACACUCCGUGCAGAUGCUUUUUUAUGGCACCGCCUGCCUUCUCACUUGAAGUUUCAUAAAUUGGCACAUGGGACCCCUACUGCACUGCCAACAUUGAGCCCAGCUAUAAUAUCAGCAGGACCGAAUAUGCGUACGUUUAUGCGGAGUUGUCCUAUGAGGGAUAAAGAAAACAUGAGAACGCGCCUGUGAUCCCACCCUCUGCAAGGUUGAGAUAGGAGGAGUACAGGUUUGAGCCCAGCCUGGGCAACUUGGUGAGCAGGAGGAAUUCCAGGGCUGUAUGGAACAGAGGCGGGCAGGUCCUCACCACCAACAUCUUUGCCUUUGGAGAUAAGACACCAGCGAAUGAUAGCAAAGAGGCUUCCAUAAGCAGAACCAUCUUAGAAGUCCGGGCCGAGUAGGAGAGCAGCUACAAUGACUUCAAGAGUUCUAGUGGACAUCCGAGAGGAGGUGACCUGCCCCAUCUGCCUGGAGCUCCUGACAGAACCUUUGAGCAUAGACUGUGGCCACAGCUUCUGCCAAGCCUGCAUCACAGAGAACAGUGAGAAAUCAGGGCGCCACCAAGAACAAGAGAGCAGCUGUCCUGUGUGCCAGACCCGUUACCACCCCCGGAGCCUCCGGCCUAACCGGCACCUGGCCAACAUAGCAGAGAGGCUGAGAGAGGUUGUGUUGGGACCUGGAGAGCAACCAAGGGUCGUUCUUUGUGCAUACCAUGGAGAGAAACUCCAGCUCUUCUGUAAGGAGGACGGGAAGCUCAUUUGCUGGCUUUGUGAGCGUUCUCAGGAGCACCACGGUCACCACACGUUCCUCAUGGCGGAGGUAGCCCCAGAGUACCAGGAAAUGUUCCAGGAGUCCCUGAAGAAGUUGAAGAAAGAAGAGGAGGAAGCUGAGAGACUAAAAGCUGCUAUCAGGGAGAAGAGGGCAUCCUGGAAGAAUCAGAUGGAGCCUGAGAGACACAGGAUCCAGAAAGAGUUUAAUCAGCUGCGAAGCAUCCUGGACAAAGAGGAGCAGCGGGAACUGAGGAAGCUGGAGGAGAAAGAGAGGAAGGGGCUGAGCAUUCUAGAGAAAGCUGAGGGUGAAGUGAUCCGCCAGAGCCAGUCCCUCAGAGAGCUCAUCUCAGACCUGGAGUUCCGGUGCCAGGGGUCCACUGUAGAUCUGCUGCAGGAUGUGAAUGAUCUCACCCAAAGGAGUGAGUUCUGGGCCCUGAGGAAGCCGCAAGUGCUCCCCACCAAGCUGAGAAGUGCCUUUCGAGCCCCAGAUCUGAAAAAGAUGCUGCAAGUGUUUCGAGAGCUCACCGACGUCCAGAGCUACUGGGUGGACGUGACCAUGAAUCCACACUCUGCUAAUUUAAAUCUUGUGCUGUCUAAAAACCGGAGACAGGUGAGAUUCGUGGGUGCUAAGCUGACCGGACCGUCCCGUCUGGAAGAACAUUAUGACUGUAGCAUCCUGGGCUCUCAGCACUUCUCCUCAGGAAAAUACUACUGGGAGGUGGACGUGACGAAGAAGACUGCCUGGAUCCUGGGAGUGUGCAGCAAUUCCACAGGGCCUCCGUUUGCUUGCAGCCGCUAUCCUAACAGUCAGAACACUUACUCCAGGUACCAGCCACAGACCGGAUACUGGGUGAUCGGCUUACAGCACAAACGUGAAUACAGAGCUUACGAGGACUCCUCCACCUCCCUGCUGCUCUCCAUGACCGUGCCCCCCCGCCGCAUUGGGGUUUACUUGGACUAUGAGGCUGGCACGGUGUCUUUUUAUAAUGUCACGAACCAUGGCUUGCCCAUCUACACUUUCUCCAAGUACUAUUUCCCCACAGCCCUUUGUCCAUACUUCAAUCCUUGCGACUGCGUGGUCCCAAUGACCCUGAGGCGCCCAGGACCUUGAACUUUCUGUACCCACACCCACUGCAGACUGGUGCCCUCCCCCUGGGGCUCGUGAGCCAGCCGCCUCGCUCAUCUCUGUUUUCUGAGUUCUCGCCCCUUUUCUUUGCAACUCACUGAAGCACCCAGCCAUGAUCUUGAGCAUCACUGACAUCAUGUGAAGGUGGGCUUGGGGAAGUUCGGGCAUUUCACCCUUGGUGCAGGGAGUGAAAUGUAACAAAUUCUCUUCGAUUGCUUCGCUGAGUUUUGUACUAAAUGAGACAUUGAAUUCAACAGAAUUCAUUCUACAGUUUUUGAGAGAUAAUCAUUUGUCGUUUUUAUUGUUUCAAGUACAUUGGUUUGUUUUAAUUGUUAAACCUACCACAAUGCCCUGAUAUGUUUAUUUUUUACAUGCAAAGGUAGAUUUAUUUUUGAUAACACAUUGUUUACUAUUUGUUUUCAUUUGUGUGUGCAAAAGAAGUUGACCUACGAUUUUAUGUAUCUUUAUCAGGUUUUAUAAAAGUGUAAUAAUGAGCAAAGGAAAUUACUGGGUAAAUAAAUAUAAGAUUGGCUGCUAAAA